ACGACCAAUUCGUAUGGCAUAAAUGCUUUUAUUCUCCUAGUAUCAGUUGUAUCCCCUGCUCCAUAUGUGUCAUCAGCUCAGGCAGAUGCUGUCUCAAUAUGAUUUUACAAGCAUAUGCUCGUGGAGAAAUGGUUUCGUCGAAUCGCUUUUCGGAAUCGACCCGUCUCGUCAGGCAUUUCCGACCCUCCAACUCGAUCCUUUUCAUUCGAAAUUUGGUGCAAUCUGGAGCUGGACUGUUAAAACAGCUUCACAGUGCAGGGCCCUUCAAGAAACUUUGUGCGGUUUCUUCCCAAAAGGGAAUGACCUCCUGAUAUUCAUUUCUUGUCCCGUAAGACAGUAAAAAUACUUAUUCCAUGAGUACGAAUUGCACCAAGAGAAGAUUCCCAAGCGUUCCUAUUCUCCACCCAAUUUGGUUUCCCGACGAUACGCCUCGCGAAAUAUCGGUUCUGCAGAUGACGGGUUUCGCAAUUCGCAUUCGCUUUGCGGAAGAAUUGGUCCAACCGUCGGGCUAUCCUUCGGUUUCACUUCGAAAGUAAGGGGGAAAAAAGAAGUAAAAUGGCUUCUGAGAAGGCCGCGUGCGCAGAGGAUACGGGCAUGAGCAGAAACCAAGCGAUCUGCACGGCGCGGGAGCAUAAGUCGGAGGAGGGCGCAUCAAGCUCCAACUUGGGGAAAGUGCUGGUCAAGAGAGCGCUGUUCGGGUCACGCCGGCGCCCGGUUUGGCGGCAAAAGAGUUCGAACGAGGCUGUCAAGUUGCUUCCGAGCAGGCUAAGCAAAGUCUCCUUGGCUGAGGACCACAAGACUGAGCCAUGCCUAAAUGCUUCAUAUGUUCAAACAAGCUCUGGGAAUCGAGAAGGCCUUAAACCGUGGCACAUUUGAUCGAGAGUGAAAGCCGGGGGGAUCCAUUCUUCAUCUGUCUUGAUGAACAAGAACAACAGAGCGCGAUGCAUAAAACUUAGGUCGUAUCCGAAAAUACAAACCAAAGUAAUCGAGCCGAAGAAG